CUGACAGCUAGGUAAUCCAGUCUGAUCGCAGAUCGUCUGGCAAAUCACAGGACUUAAUAGAAGCAAGACAUCCGACACAAGCAAACCCUCUCGCUCAACACUUACAAAAAUGAAAGCAAUAAGCCCCGUGCGAUCCUUCCGGAAAAACAGCGUGAAUUUAUCAGAGCACUCCUUGGGAAUCUCUCGGAGCAAGACCCCGGUGGAUGACCCGCUCAGCCUGCUGUACAACAUGAACGACUGCUACUCCAAGCUGAAGGAGCUGGUGCCCAGCAUCCCCCAGAACAAGAACGUCAGCAAGAUGGAAAUCCUGCAGCAUGUCAUCGACUACAUCCUGGACCUGCAGAUUGCGCUGGACUCCAGUGUCGCACUAACCAGCCUGCAUCACCCUUCCCGGCCGGGGCAGACUCCGUCCAGGACUCCUUUGACCACCCUCAACACAGAUAUCAGCAUCUUGUCAUUACAGUCCCCGGAGUUGCCAUCAGAGCUGAUGACAGAUGACAGCCGGACUCUGCAUCGUUAAAGCGGUGUUUGGUCAAGACGUAAAAACACACACAGGACCUGGGGAGCAGGACUUCUCCCCCCCCCCCCUCUACCCCCUUCUCUCUCUCCCUUCCCUCACCUCCAACCUCUGUCCUCCAGGCCUGGAUUUUUUUUUUAAUUUUUUUUCCUCCUCUUCUGACGCUGAAAUCAAGAGACUUUUGCUUAUUAUGGGACAAUCUUUAUGUGAUGUGUUUUCUGUUUGGACACUUCAUUAUUAUUUAACUUAAGACUUUUUUAUUAUUAUUAUUUGUGGGUCCUUUCUGGAAAUGGAAGGCGCGUUAUAUUCCCGACAGCGGGAGGAAAAACGAGAUUGUCACAAGGAUUAUCCUCCACCCCACCACCACCACCGACUUCACCCCAUCCCUCCUCCUCCCUCUUCACCCCCCCCCCCCCCCCCCCCCCCCCUCCUGUCCUUCUCCUCCUUGUUGAAGUCUUCGCUUUUUUUGCGGAGGUGGGAACGUAAAUAGACAGCUUGGUUAGUUACUGUAAAAAGUUUAGUCUUGUCAGAAUUGUUGGCACAUGAAGGACUGGACGUUGUUUAAAAAAAAAAAGUUAAAAUGAAAAGAAUGAAACCUUGUGAACUCUCAUCGGGAGUUUAUCUUGUAUAGUUGCAGGAAUUUGAAACUUCUGCAAAAGUGUAAUGUUGUACUUAAUUAUGCUGAAACUUUUUAUAAAAGUAAUGUAAAUUGUACCUUUUUUAUACAAAAUAAAUCAAAAACGCCA